CGACAACCACGCCAACGUUGAAUGCCAUGGAUCACGCUUCAAGCCAUCUUUCAAACGCGCAACCAACGUUCCCUCGUUCACGUGCGUCCGAUCAAGACACGUUCUUCGCGAUAAGGCCAAUCUACCCCCCGAUUGUAUGUUGCCCUUGCUAUAAGCAGUCUUGGAGACUUUCGAUCCGUCCCUUUCUCGUCCCCCAACGGCUGCACGACUCAUCGGCCCGAGCACCCCACUCGCUGGAACCGUCGUUUCAGGUCCAAGCAGCCCACGAGUGCCCCGAAAAGGCAAGAACACAUAGAAGUCGAGAAGGGCGAGGAACGGUCCCAGAUUCGGAUCAUCAUCACGCCUGCUUCCAGCUUUUCGUCUAUAAGAUCAGCUGCAUUGAUUGGCGCGUGCGUGCCCCCGCCCUUUCUGUCUGCACCCGUUUCUCUCCUGUCUGUCUCUCUUCGCAUCUUACGACGGACCUCUCAGGCCAAGCAUGACGAUGGACACGACCAUGGCCGUGGAGCAGCCCAUCGAGCCACUGCGGGUAGCCAUUGUCGCCGGUGAGUGCGGCGCUAUUCGCGGUCUUGGCUUGGAAGCUAAGCUUGGACGCGAAGAGAACUUCUUGCCCAAGAUCGACGGGUCGACUGUCACCCUCGCGCACCUCCUGGAGCAUAUGCAGGCCGUCGGCAUCGAGGGCAUGCUCUUCGGGCCCGAGAGCGGGAUGGAGGAGUACGCCGGCGCGAAGUUGUUCGGGACCUACGGUGUUCCACUGAAAGUGUACCCUGGCCUCAAGAUCAAUUUCCUCUCCCCUAGCUUCAUCUCCGCGCUCCGUAACUUCGCUCCCCAUGUCAUUCAUUUGGUCGAUCCCAUCUGGCUCGGGGUACAGUCGCUCUUUGCCCUCCGCGCCCUAUUCCCCGAUACCCCAAUCGUGACCUCCCACCACACGAACCUGCCGACGUACGCUGCCAUCUUUGGAUACCCGUAUUUCCCGGCGCGGACAUGGAGCGUGCAGGCGUGGCUGCACUCUUUUGGACAAGCCGUGAUGGUGCCGAGUGCGAGCACCGGCAAGGGACUAGAGAGCUGGGGCUACACCGGCGUCAGAGUCGUCGGAAGAGGUGUCGAGACGGGUAUGUUCUCACCCACGUUCCGCUCGGCUGAUCUGCGAGCAUCGUGGGGCUGUACACCCUCCGUGUCAUCUUCGACCGCGGUGGAGAAGACUGUCAUCCUGUCCGUCGCGCGUAUCUCCCCGGAGAAGAACCUGUCGCUGAUCGUCGACGCGUUUGCCGCGCUCCCGCCCCGCGUGCGCCGGAACGCGAAGCUGGUGUUCGUCGGCGACGGCCCGUACGAGGGCGUGCUCCGCGCCCUGGCGGAGAGUCGCGGUCUGCGUGCGGCGUGCACCAAGAAUGGUGCCGGUGGUGCAGAGCAUGCCGAUGUCAUUUUCACCGGCCAACUCACCGGCCGUGCACUGAGCGAAGCAUUUGCGAGUGCGGAUGUCAUCUGUGCUCCCUCCCUCACAGAGACUUUUGGGCAAGUGACGCUGCAGGGCAUGGCAUCUGGGUUGCCUGUGGUUGGCUUGUACGCGGAGGGAACGGCCGAUGUGGUCACGCAUUUGCAAACUGGUCUCCUGCUUGACGUUUACGGGGCAGCCUCGGCGUCUUCUCCGUGGUCCCCCCUGUUCCCCUUGGACGAUGCCAAGGUGGCCCACUGGGGCAGUGCCGAUGCCCUGAUGCAAGAGGAUUCGGGUUCCCAAUCCUCCUCUGUCUACCUCGCCGGCCGUCCCUCCGUUGUCGGGCGGUUCGCGACGCUGAUGGAAGUGCUUAUCUGUGAACCCGAUAUGCGCCGAGAAAUGGGCCAGCGGGCCGCACAGCAGGCUUUGGCAUGGACCUGGGAGCGGUGCACGGGCAAAAUGGUGGAGGUCUACAUGGAGGUUGUGAAAGGAAGCAUAGCGGUCGAGGGCGGAGGUGUUUCGGUUCCCGUCGGGGAUCCACAAUUGUCCUCAGCCAAGCUUGGAUCGCUGAUCCCGGGAUCCGCGCUGCCCCGUGUGUUGACCCAUCGCCGUGGAUCAAGCUCGUCCGCCUCGAGUGUGUCGUCUCUGGUGUCGCCCGUGACGCCUCCGUUUUCGGCACUUGCCUCGCCGACGACAACAUACACAUCAGCUUCCGUGUAUCCCGUCUCGCUCCCGUCACCCAGCAGCUCGACCUCCGACCUUGCGUCCCCGGCACUGACGUACGCGUCCUCGGUGCUCUCCUCACCCAGUAUUGCCUCUCCGCUCUGCUCGCCUGCGAGUGCCAUCUGGUCCCCGGCGACGGUCUUUGCGAUGGCGGGAUACAGCAUCAAGGGCAAGGGCAGGGACCACCAGGAGUCGUCACUGGCCGAAUUCGCGCUCCCGCCUCCCGCUUUGAGCUUGGGGCAAGCACUUGCCCGGGUCGAGACGUCCGACUCAGCCAGGAGCACUGUUCCUGGUGGGCCGCUGGCGUCCAAAUCCCGCCCGUCUGGGGUGCGGCGGAGCCACCGUGUAGUCAAUGAUACAUGGACGCGGCUGGCGGUGGAUAUCUCCGUCGUGCUGCAGGCACUGGUCGGUGCGACGCUGACACAUGCGGCAUACAUGCUGCCCACCAUGUCGGAUGUGUUCGGCGGCCCGCGUCGGUGAGAGAGGAUAGAUUAUGGCUGGCCGCUAGAUGGCCGCCAUUCUGACGGGAUUCAUGACUUUUUUUUCUUAUCCAUGCUAAUGAACGAGUUCUUUCCCUUGCAUGCAUGUCCAUUCUCUGCUCCCUGUUCCCAUGCAUCCAUGUUACAGUGGCAUAUAUUUAUAUGCGCUUUGUUGUAUCUCUAGUAGUUUUAAUGGAUUCCAAGUGUUGUAGACGCAGAA